GGGAAGGGAGCAGCAACCGCAAAGAGGCGUCCACCCUUCGACCAACACUCGCCAAAGUCUCAGCCAAUUCCCACCACCUACUCUCUCACAUACUGCACCUACCGUGCCUUACAACUCGUCGAUACCCCCCUGGUCUUGCGUACAUUGCUCCGCCAACAACCUCGAACGUUUGUCUGUUCCGUCCCAAGCAAGCGCGCGCAACACCCGCUAGUGUCGACUCGACAAUCGAGAAGCCACGCUCAGACGGUCAACUCCACUGAGAGCAGAACGGGUUGCUGCUGUCACACAAAAUCGAAAAGCCAUAGAAGGUCGUAGAUUCCCACCCAGCCGCCGCAUGAUAGCCAUUCAGCCACCGACAUGGCGAGUACUCAGAUCAAAGUCGGGAACUAUGUCCUCCUGGAGACGCUUGGUGUGGGCAGCUUUGGAAAGGUGAAACUGGCCGUUCAUUCCCACACGGGACAUAAGGUCGCUCUGAAGAUCAUCAAUCGGAGGAGAAUCGCAACUAUGGACAUGGUGGGACGAGUGAAACGCGAAAUUCAAUAUCUCAAGCUAUUGCGGCAUCCACACAUUAUCAAACUAUAUGAGGUUAUAACGACUCCGACAGAUAUUAUCAUGGUGAUGGAGUAUGCAGGCGGAGAGCUCUUUAACUACAUCGUCAACCGAGGAAGGAUGUCAGAGGACGACGCUCGAAAGUUCUUCCAGCAAAUCAUAUGCGCGGUCGAGUACUGCCAUAGACAUAAGAUUGUUCACAGAGAUUUGAAACCCGAAAAUGUCUUGCUGGACGAGUACGAUCAAGUGAAGAUCGCUGAUUUUGGACUGUCAAAUAUCAUGAGCGACGGUGAAUUCCUUCGGACGAGUUGUGGAUCCCCAAAUUACGCCGCUCCUGAGGUGAUCAACGGAAAGCUAUACGCAGGGUCAGAGGUCGACGUAUGGAGUUGCGGCGUCAUACUAUACGUGAUGCUCUGCGGCCGACUCCCAUUCGACGACGACUACAUCCCCGCUCUCUUCAAAAAGAUCAACGGCGGCAUCUUCUCCCUGCCCUCAUUCCUCUCCUCCCCCGUCAAAUCCCUCCUGCAAUCGAUGCUGAUAGUCGACCCACUCAAACGAGCGACGAUCGCUCAGAUCAGACAACUGGACUGGUUCAAGAAGGGCCUGCCGGAUUAUCUGCAGCCGCUGCCUGACAUCCCGCAGCUGAUAUCGGGAGAUAUUGAUGAUAGCAUUGCUACUGAGAUUGCGAAGAAGAUGGGGUAUAGCAAGGAGACGGUUAUGGUUGCGCUUAAGGAGAGUGAGAACAAUCAGAUUAAGGUGGCUUAUGAGCUGGGAUUGGAUCAUCGACGGAUGCUUGCGGGAGUGCGAAGAUCCCCACACAAAACACUCCACCACUACCUCCUCUCCGAAUCCCCACCCGCCUGGAACGCCGCCCCCCCAAAACGCAACCCGUCCCCCUCACCCCUCCACCGCACCGGCACACCAACCCCCUCCGAACCACCAACCGCAUCCUCCAUCCAGGUGCUGUCCUCUAGCCUGCCCAAACCAGAAGUGACCGCCGCCCCACCGGGGAUAGGCCAACGCGCGCGGCACAAGACGAGAUCGAAGUGGCAUUUCGGGAUCAGGAGCCGGAGCGAUCCGAGCGAUAUUAUGUUGGAGAUAUAUAAGGCUUUGAAGAAUAUCGGGAUGAAAUGGAGAACAGUAGACUCCUACCACAUCCGCUGCCGCUACCACUGCAAAGGCGGCCACGUCGUCAAGCUCGACAUACAAUUAUAUCAGGUCGAAUCCAACAACUAUCUCGUCGAUUUCAAGAACGCGAGUAACGCGGGCGACGCGAUGGGGACGCCUGCGGUUGUACCGGGGGGAACAAGGAUCACGUUGUCGGAAAAAAUCGCGGCGGCGGCGGCGGGGGGUAGGGGGGAUCCCGCUGUUCCGUCGUCCGUUGAGACGACGAUACCUACAACUGAUGUGGGACCGGUAUCCGCGACGCAUGCGGUUGGGGUAGAUACACCUGCGAAAGCGACGACUCCGACGACGGGGCCCGAUACACCACCGCCACCCGCGGAAGACGAAGAAGACGGAAGUCGCACCGUGUAUGCGUUCUUUGACGCGUGUGCGCGGUUGAUUACCGAGUUGGCUAUCUCGGCUUGAGCGAGGAGGGCCCCCGCCCCUUUUUCCCCCGAAUGCGAGGCGGCGUGAUUUUUUGAAAUGCGUGUGGGUGUAGUGUCAGUUAGGAAGCUAUAGCUAACCGGGGAGGGCGAAUCACUAGCGGGCCCCACCUCGCAACGCCUUUUCGCAAGGCAACGAGCGAGAAUCUGUACAUAUAAGAAUGAUCUAUGGCUGUUGCUGAGAUACCCCAUCUUGUUCGUCUUUUUCAGUGGUUGGCGGGGUUUGGGGAGACCGCGAGUUGGAAUUGGCACGCUAUAUCCGUCUAAGUCUUUACAUGUACAGUAUACAAAAUGAGAGUACAACACACUCCCUGCUUUCUUGCCUCAGGCGACAGAAAUGCGGGUAGGUUAUCUAUCCCUCCCGACACCAUAAACACCCCUCAUCCUCCCCC